GUAGAGACAUUUCGCUAGGACCCUGCUGGGCCGAGCUGAGAAUCGGUUCGUCGGCGUUCAAACUGGCUGGAUCCUGCCCCGAAUGCCUUUCUGAGCAUGUUGCUCCUUCUCUUGCAGAUGUCCGACCGCCUGCAGCAUAAUGGGAACCGGCCCCACAUUGUCACUUCACUCGCUCGCUCUGUGGACCCUCUACAGGGUGAUCAUGGCACAGUCCCCCAUCGUAGCUCAGUGCGGCGAGGACGUCACCCUGAGCUGCACCUUUGCCACACUCAGCUUGGCAGCAAAUCAACAAGUGAACGUCACCUGGAAGAAGACAAGAGCCGAUGGACCAGAUCUGCUGGUCCACAGCUACUCUUUGGGAAUGGAGAAACAAUCUGAGGCUUACAGGGGACGGACGCGGCUGGAUCCAGAAGGAUUCGCCAAAGGGGAUGCAUCCCUGAAACUGAGGGAUGUUCACAUUCAGGACGAGGGGUCUUAUAGCUGCUUCGUCAACUCUGAGCUGGGCCCGUGGUCUGAGGAGACGUCGCUGACAGUACUGAGGGCAAGAGAGCGAGAGUCGCCCGUUGUAGUUCAGGCAGGGGAGGACGUCACCCUCAGCUGCUCCUUCGAACCUGGGCGAAACCUCCAGCUGCUGAACAUCACCUGGAAGAAGGAAACAGCGGAGGGACGGGAUCUCCUGGUUCACACGUACUAUAAUGGGAGGGACCAGAUGCUGAGACAGGAUGAGGCUUACCGGGGCCGGACCCAGCUGUAUCCGGAGAGAUUCCAUGAGGGAAUCGCGUCCCUGAGACUCAGGAACGUCCGGCUGGAGGACGACGGGGUCUACACCUGCCACGUCAAGCCCCAUCUGGGCAGGUUUUCCAUGCGGAUGACAGUGACCGUGGAGAAGGAUCUUACAGGUGCCAGGUUUGUCUUGUUCUUUUGCACAUGUCUUCUUCUUCUUCUUCUUCUUUUCGUGUUGGCAACACUUAUCAUUAAAAUGCGUCGUCCUCCCGGCCGAUGGAAACUGAGGCCGUCCAAACACGCCUUUGGAUUGGAGGCUGACUAUGAGGAGAGAAGAGCGCAGCUGGAAGCAAAUUUCUUGUGGGAAUUAAGAGUGGAUGAUAUCAAACAGACUCUAGAGACCUGGCAGACGCCAGCCCGGGAUGAAAGACACGCAUGGGAGAAGCCUGAACAGCCAACAUUCUCCCGUGGAAAGUCCCCUGCAAGGGAAAAGGUUCCCAGAAACAUUGCCCAGAAGCCUAGCGAAAAAGAUCAGGAUGAAGAUGUUAAAUAG